AUGUCGGCAGAUGCUGCUCCCGGACCACUCACAGUUCUCGUUUCGACGAGGGCUGUACUGACUCUGCCAGACGACAGCCUUAUCUUGACGCCUGCCACCAUUUCCAUCUCGACCGAAUUGGGUAAGAUCGUGGCUAUAGAGCAGACUGUCGUGCCCAAGACAUCUUUUCCUUCGUCGGUCACAUAUGUCGACUAUGGCUCCAAGGUGCUCAUGCCCGGUCUCGUCGAUGCGCACGUGCACCUCAACGAACCUGGCCGCACAGAAUGGGAGGGCUUCAAUACUGGUACUCGCGCAGCUGCCUCGGGAGGUGUAACUACAGUAAUUGACAUGCCAUUGAAUGCCAUCCCACCCACCACCACAGUCGCAGGUUUCAAGGAGAAGCUUGCCGCAAGUCGGGGACAAUGCUGGAUCGAUGUUGGUUUCUACGGCGGCGUCAUUCCGGGCAAUGCUAAUGAGCUUUUGCCGCUCGUCGAGGCCGGUGUUCGGGGCUUCAAGGGAUUUCUGAUCGAGUCUGGUGUUGACGAGUUUCCGGCAAUCUCUUCCAAGGAUAUUGAGCUGGCAAUGAAGACAUUGAAUGGAACACCAACAACAUUAAUGUUCCAUGCUGAAAUGAUUCCCCCAAUUGCGGACUCGGUCGGCGACAAGGUUCAGGCUUCUGAGCCACCGCUGGCGCCGCAUGGAGACCUGAAAGCUUAUCAGACAUUCCUCGAGUCUCGUCCGCCCGUUUUUGAAACGUGCGCCAUUGACGAGAUCAUUUCCUUGUCGCAUCUCGCCACAAAUCUGCACUUGCAUAUUGUCCAUCUUUCUGCCAUUCAGGCAAUUCCCAUACUGAAAAAGGCCAGAAAGAAUGGCGUCAACAUUACUGCCGAGACCUGCUUCCACUACCUGGGACUCGCAGCCGAGUCCGUAGAGGAUGGAGACUGCCGAUACAAGUGCUGCCCGCCGAUCCGCGAACAAAACAACCAAGAUGGCCUUUGGGACGAGCUGGUGGCGGAAGAUUCGUGCAUCAAGACCAUCGUAUCGGAUCAUUCGCCAUGCACGCCCGAGUUAAAGCUUCUUCCUCCGCACCUGCAGAACACCGAGGCUGCUCACAUGCACCACUCAGACUCGGGUGUCGACGUGACGGCCGACCUGCAGCUUGCCGACCUGGAUAAGCAGGCAACUCAAGCUUCGGCACAGGGCGACUUCUUCGCUGCGUGGGGUGGAAUCUCUUCAGUCGGCCUGGGUCUCCCCAUACUGUACACUGCCUCCACGCUCCGCGCCAAGCAGGGCGGCAAGACGCCGAGUCUGGUCGACGUCGUGCGCUUGUGUUGUCAGUCCACCGCGAAGCAGGUUGGUUUGUACCACCGCAAGGGCGCGCUCAAGGUUGGCAUGGACGCCGACGUUUGCGUAUUCGACGAUGCCGAAGAGUGGGUGUUGCAGAGCCACGGCAUGCACUGGAAGAACCGGUGCUCGCCUUGGGAGGGCCACAAAUUCCAGGGCCGCGUCAAGGAAACAUGGCUUAGGGGAACAAAGGUCUACCAGCAUGGCGGACUCAACCAUGGUUUCGUGACCGAAUCUCCUGUCGGCGAGGCCAUUGUUGAAAAGAGAACCGUGUAA